CGUAGCGAAGUGGCAAUUUUGCCCUGCAGGUAUGCCAACGGUGUGUCUCUCGAAGUGGAUGGGACCGGUUUUAGCGCAGUCCGCAAAAAGCGUUCCGUAACUUGCGCUUUUUUGCUCUCGGCGAAGCAAAGCCGUUAGCUUUGCGCACGCAACAUCGCUGGGACAAUUCCCGUUUCGUCGUGCGCUCCGCCGCUGUUUGUGUUCCGCACCUCGUGUGUGUGUGUGUUCAGCUGUCGACUGGAUAAACAGUGCUGUGGUAGAAGUGGCAGUGAGAUCACGCAACAGAGGUGCUCUGAUCGAAGAUGACUCCCAACGGGCAGAUCAUGGUGGCUGCACAUGCCGAAGUGAAAAAGAGGAGAAAAGGAGAAGGAUGGUGCGAUUGGAUGCCAGCGAGGUAUACCUUCGUCCUGUUGGGAUUCUUUGGCCUCUUGAACGUCUAUUCGCUGAGGGUAAACCUUAGUGUUGCCUUGGUCGCCAUGGUAAAGGGUGCUGCUAAGAAUGGCGGGAGUAGCCACUCUGAAUGCAUGUACGGAUUGCACAACAACUCCGCUGGAGCAUUCAACACCUCCACAGUCUCAUAUUCGCCUAAAAGGGAAGGAGAGUUCGACUGGGACCAGACGACUCAAGGCAUCAUCUUAGGAGCCUUCUUCUAUGGCUACGUAAUCACUCAACUUCCUGGAGGACGCAUAGCUGAAGUGCUGGGAGCGAAAUGGAUGUUUGGCUUGGGCAUCUUCAUCACAGCCGUUCUGUCUCUCGUCAUUCCCGUCGCUUCGAGGGCGCACUAUGGUGGACUCAUCGCUAUACGUGUCAUACAGGGCUUGGGUGAGGGCGUAACUUAUCCGGCCAUGCAUUCAAUGCUCGCCCAUUGGACGCCCAAGUUUGAACGGUCCACUGCCACUGCUUUGGUGCACGCUGGAGCUCACGUUGGUGCAAUGGUUGCUCUCACCUGCUCGGGACUCCUAUCGGAUUCAGAUUUCUUGGAAGGGUGGCCAUCUGUAUUCUACGUCUUCGGAUUCCUCGGGUGUAUCUGGUUCGUGUUUUGGGUGUUUCUCGUCUACGACAGCCCAGAAGAACACCCACGCAUCACGCAAGAAGAAUACGACUACAUCAUUAUAAACCAGGGCGACGAGAAAGUACACAAGAAUGUGAAAAUACCGUGGAGGCCCAUUCUCAUGUCAAAGGGUCUUUGGUCGCUCUCUCUUGCCCAUUUUGGAUCAAACUGGAUUUAUUAUACGUUCCUCACCGUCAUUCCGAACUAUCUAGCUAAUGUCCUUCAAUACAACAUCAAGAGUAACGGUCUUAUCUCAUCGCUGCCAUACCUACUGACCACAAUCACCAGUUGCGUUGCCAGUGUGUACGCUGACGUUCUCCGAAAACGUGGAAUUUUGGGAGUCACCGCCAUCAGGAAGCUCUUCAAUACAGCUGCUGCUGUUAUACCUGCGGCGCUGCUGAUCGGCAUGCCAUUCGCCGGCUGCAGCCGUGUUUGGGCAGUGACGCUGUUAAGCCUUGCUGGAGCAGCCCUCGGAGUCCGUGAAGUAGGCUUCAUGGUAACACAUAUCGACAUGUCACCGGACUUUGCUGGAACGCUUCUUGGGGUCACCAACACCAUCGGCAAUUUUCCGGGAUUCAUGAUGCCAUAUGUUGCUGGAGUACUCACACAGGAUGAGAGUUCCAUUCGGACAUGGAGCUACUUCUACUACAUCGCCGCAGCUGUGGGACUCAUUUGCGCCUUAGCGUUCCUCGUGUUUGGCACCGCCGAGCUUCAGCCUUGGGGCAUAAGGGAUGGCUUGGAAAAACCGAGCGGUGUUAGCGUAGUUGAGCAAGAGAAGAUGGAGAAGGAGAAGAUUGGCAACGAAGAAGUUGUGUCGAAGCUGUAGGGGACAUUGAUGGCGUUCUCUAGGCGUACGAAGGUCUGAAGCACAGAAGAAUACUCCUGUUACGGUAGUUCCUCAAAGGUCACGGUGCGGAAAUCGUACGAGUUUAGUCACGGAACAAAAGAUAUCGUAUGAAUUUGUACGCAUCCGAGAGGGUCAGACAUCUGUGACGUGUUCUGGAGGUGUUUUUAUUGUUUUAUCAUCGUCGUUUUUUGCGAAAGCACUUUUUAAAAAAUGAUCAGAACACAUUCCCCACGUACAUCACGCGAAAGGGUACACCUCCUCCCCGUCAUGCUGACGGACUAUUAUUCACCGUCCGACUAACCUUCCAUAUAGGAACAAAAAAAAAAAGAAGAGAAAAAGAAAAUCGGGGCAGUUUAAGGGGCGUUUCACAUUUCGAAGCGUUAUCUGCACUAGAGUCACUAAAUAAGGUUCGCUUCAGAGUAUCGACACCGAUGUUCAAGGGAGAGCAGUAGCGCUUUUAUGUUUCCGCACCACACCGGUACCAUUCCCAGUUGAUCAAAGACGACUAACAUAAUGCUCGGUGUGGCAUAGAGAAGCGUGUAUAUUUGUUGUGCGAUAAUCCGUGUAUUGUCCACCAGAGCGUCCAAAAGAUGUCAAGGUGAGCUCAAAGCCGUCAACUGCUGCUUGUAAACGAAAGGAACAUUUCACCUGUGCACGAUAGAUGGCAUCGUGCGAUAAAUGUGCUCAGUGCGCGUGCGCGUGGGAAGCGUGGCGCGGAAACAACAUGGCGCAUGCUCGCUCUUGGAACUCAGUGUCGGUACUCUAAAGCAUAGCUUAUUUAGUGACUCUAAUCUGCACUGCCUUAAUUGUCUUCACCUAACUCUCAACUGUACCCUCCCGGGCGUACGCUGAUACGAACGCCAAAGAACUUUCGGAAGAAAUCGUUGUUGGUACGCAACUUGUUGUCUACGUUAGUUGUCCCGUCUCCGUUGUGCCAUCUCUACGCCUUGUCGUCCGAAUACCAGUUUCAAACCUGGCUGUAUCAUGUCUCAAAUGUACAGAGUGCCUUGAUGGUAUGUCUUAUUGCUGUUCACGCUUUCAUCAUAUCAUAUAGACACACACAUUCGCGCUGCUUCUGUUGAGAAAUUAUUUAUUCCCAUAAGCAGUUUCUGAAAGCGGCUACAUAGUGUACAUUUGUCACACGCCCAUUAACUGUUUACAGUCAUUCAAACUUGUUGUUGUGACGAGGUAUAUACCACGAGAUGUCUACUUUUCUGACCAUGUUAUCCGCUGUAAUACAUGUAUAGUUUCAUUAAAUACAAUGUCAUAAUGA